AUGGCCCCACACUCAGCCAUUGAGGAGAAGGUGAUGAAGGGCAUCGAGGAGAAUAUGCUGCGGCUCCAGGGCCAGGAGCGGGUGCCCAGCACCGAGGCCAAGCAUCGGAACACCAGCAGCAUCGCCAGCUGGUUUGGCCUUAAGAAGAGCAAGCUGCCAGCAUUAAACUGCCGCACAGAGACCACCAAGGGCAAGGAAGGGGCCGGGGGCUCCCCGCUCCGGAAGGAGGUCAAGAUGGAAGCCCGGAAGCUGGAGGCUGAGAGUCUCAAUAUUUCCAAGCUGAUGGCUAAGGCGGAAGACCUGCGCCGGGCGCUGGAGGAGGAAAAGGCCUACCUGAACAGCAGGGCCCGGCCUUGGCCCGGGGGCCCAGCACCAGGGACCAGUGCAGGCCUGGGGCAGGGGCAGGGCCAGCUGGUUGGCAUGUACCAGGGUGCAGACACCUUCAUGCAGCAGCUUCUCAACAGGGUGGAUGGCAAGGAGCUGACCCCCAAGAGCUGGCGGGAACCCAAACCUGAGUAUGGCGAUUUCCAGCCAGUGUCCUCUGACCCCAAGAACCCCUGGCCCACCUGUGGGCCCCGAAAUGGCCUGGUGGGCCCUCUCCAGGGCUGCGGAAAACCUCCUGGGAAGCCAAGCAUCGAGCCAGGGAGGCGAGAAGAGAUGCCCUCCGAGGACAGUCUGGCCGAGCCAGUGACCACCUCACACUUCACAGCCUGCGGCUCUUUGACUCGAACCCUGGACAGUGGCAUUGGGACCUUCCCACCCCCAGACCACGGCAGCAGUGGGACCCCCAGCAAGAAUCUUCCGAAGACCAAGCCACCACGGCUGGAGCCCCCACCAGGGGUGCCCCCAGCUCGGCCCCCACCCCUUACCAAAGUCCCCCGCCGUGCCCACACACUGGAGCGUGAGGUGCCCGGCAUAGAGGAGCUGCUGGUGAGCGGGCGGCACCCCAGCAUGCCGGCCUUCCCUGCCCUGCUCAUCGCUGCUCCAGGCCACCGGGGCCAUCAGACCUGUCCAGACGAUCCCUGCGAAGACCCAGGCCCACCCCCACCAGUCCAGCUGGCCAAGAACUGGACCUUUCCCAAUGCCAGGGCAGCCAGCGGUUCCUCUGACCCUUUCUUAUGCCCACCCCGACAACUGGAGGGCCUGCCCAGGACCCCCAUGGCCCUGCCCAUGGAUGGAAAGCGGAGCCUGGAGCCCAGCCGCCCUGCCCCUGCGCCCCAGGGCCCGGCGUUUGGGGACAGCCGCACCCCCAGCACGUCGGACGUGGGCGAGGAAGGGAGAGUGGCCAGCGGGGGACCCCCGGGGCUGGAGAUCUCUGAGUCUCUCAGCGACUCGCUCUACGACUCGCUGUCCUCUUGCGGGAGUCAGGGCUAAGUGGCAGCGGCAGCCACGCCCCGCGCUGGAGGCGGAGGCCACGGAUUGGACGGCUCUCCUCAAGCCCCGCCCCCGGGGCCCCGCCCUGAAGGGACCAAGGAGGCAGAUGAACCAGAAGGUGAAGGGGGUUCCCGGAACAGCCCACUGCCCGCCGCCGCCGCUGCUGUGGAGGAGAUGACCGCUCUCAGCUCAGGGAGAGACCCCACCCUUGGUCCUUUCUCUCACCCAGAGUACGGCUCUUCCUCUGAGGGACUGGGGGGUUCAAGGCCGCUGUGUCCCGGCCCCCACUCCCGCUUCAGGCUGAGCCAUCUUGUGGUGCUGGGCUUCCUGCCCACCGGUCGUGCCAUCUCCGCCCACCCUGGCGGCUCCCCUGCCUCAGCAGCCGCGUGCUGGUGGAGUUUAGGGGCGAGGGGUCACGUUGCCUUCUCUGUCUGCCCUGGUCCUCCCCGCUGUCUGGAUGGUGCUGCCCUCUCCUGCCCCGUAUCUUUGGGGCCCAUUUGUCUGUCUUCUUUUGU